UAUUGUUUACAAGACGCAGAUACAGUACCAAUGACUCAUAACUUUCUUUACCGAUGCCCUAAGAGUACAGUUCCGUACCACCUUACUUUACCGAACUUGCAUCCUCACGUUCACUAUGAAGGCAGCGGAGCAGGCAACAUUGUCUUUACUGCUAUGCAGUUGAAGCUCAUUAAUGGCUAUGGAAGUGCCUUUUGGGACUGUUCUCCUCAAAGGACAGAAAGUCAAGCUCCUGAAGACAUGAAAUACCUUUUAUUAGAAGAUCUUGGAUUUUACGGAUUGAACACGUCAAGAUUUGAGAAGGUUUCCUGUGACAAAUUAGACGAUGAUCCAUUGCCUAUCUGGAAGAUGGCUUUUAAACUGGAAUGUGAUAUGGAUUUGACUCCAUGGUGUAAACAGUGACUUUCUGAAAUAAAACAUGUUUCGAAUCG